UUUUCUUUUCUUUUUUUGUUAAAUUUUAUGUUUGGGUUUCCCUCACUCCUGCAGGAGCCCGACUGUGACCUCUUCCUUUUCCCUUCUAUUUGCGACGCCGCAAAGCUCGGAAUGCACGAUUUCAGUAGUUUAUGUAGGUCUAUACUGGGACUCGCCUCUUUGCAGGCAUUCAGGUAUGUACGGUGUAUGUCAAACAUAAAGUCAGCAUCUUCUCGGUACGGCAUGUCUGUACUCCGUACACCAUUUAUGCAUAUUAUACAAUAGGGAAUCUGGUCAGACACCGUUCAGCCUGUGCAGGAUCGAAAGAAAUUCAGCCCAGCUGUCUGCUUUUUCUAUCCCAACAUUUUCAACGGUCAGCUCCUGUAGAUGUUGGGUUUUAAUUUCGAAGCAAAUAGAAGACUCUUUUAAGGGUGGGUACGCGUUCCCUUCCCCCCAGUAAAUGAAUAAUAUGGCAGCCUAUUACCGCUCUGUGGGAUGCAUAUUCAGAUGCAUAUUCCAGGGAUGGCUGCAGGCUUUGUGAGAGGGACGAUCGUCUUGUCCCGCUGAGUGGAGGCUUGGCUCUUGUGGAUACACCCUUUUUUAACCCAUGUCGCAACCCAGGCAUUUUAAUUUUGCAGGGCCAUGAAGUACAUUUUGGCUUGCUUGGGCCCAGCCACUAGUCGGGCGGUUUGCUCAGGCGAAGAAGGGGAGAAGAAAAUGAAGAGAAAAUCGAGAGGAUGAAGUGGAGACGUGGUAUUAUCGCUCUCCGCCGUGGUCCCGGGGGUGGUUGUUUUGAAGGGACAUUAAAACUUGAAAAAGAUUUAUUUAUUUUUUUCUUAGAGGGUUUUGUCUUUGAAGGGGGAGAUGUGAUGAGUGUGACUGGCUGUGCGCUGUGGAUGGUGCCGGUACGAUGUACAUAUAUGAGCAAGGCCAGGUCAAAGGACGAGAAAGCUGUCCAUUUCUCUGGAGACCAGGCGUGCGUGAGAGGAAAAGAAGCGCCAUUGAGGAUGGAUACGUACCCCAUCCAUGGUCCAAUGGUUCGUGAAUACCGCUUUGGCUUCUCCAUAGAAGCUACUGGAUCAGCCCCCGGUGGAUCCACGGCGUGUCCACACGCAUUUCGCACAUCCCAUCAGAUGAGUGCGCAGAGCGAGCAAGACCUGCCAGACAGAAAGAACCAAGCUGCGAGGACUGUUUCAACACAUAUGAAGUAUCCAUGCUCAUUCGCCAGUGCCGAGAGCACGCGGGCAGAACUCACGUCAAAGAAGAGGGUUCGCUAUGCAUCCUGAAGUGACACGAGGAUUGUCCGGGUUAUUAAUGUACUCCCGUCCCGGUCAACCACGGCCUGGCUGUGGCUUGUCCGUAAAUGAUGCGGGAAGGCAAACAAGUCAAGCGCGGCGUCCUCGCACAGAGCGAACGGCGUACUUAUUCGUCGAAGCUGCUCCCAGGG